CUCUCCAUUGCGGCGCAGAUUGGCAGGUACAAAGCGCCUUUUCUUUGUUCCUCGAUAGCUUCGUGUUUUAUCUUUUCUUCAGCUAGCAUUGCUGCCCCUCUUAUUAGUGCGCAAUGUUUUCCGCAAAGCCUGCUGGCACUGGCACCGGCCUUUCUCUCAAUACCGGUUCAUCCAAUCUUUUUGGCGGCGCCGCCAACGCACAAACCAGCUCUGCGACCACACCGGGAGCGACGGGCACUUCUGGAGGGCUCUUUGGCAACCUCGGAAACAAUUCAGCGCAAGCGACACCAGCUGGAGGACUUUUCGGCCAGCAGCAGACGACGUCUGCUAACACCGGCGGCGGCUUGUUCGGCAACACCCCGGCGACCACAUCACAACCUCAAACUGGAGGGCUGUUCGGCAACACCUCGGCGACCGCAACACAACCUCAAACUGGAGGGCUGUUUGGCAGCACCCCGGCGACCACAUCACAACCUCAAACUGGAGGGCUGUUUGGCAGCACCCCGGCGACUACAUCUCAGCCUCAAACUGGAGGGCUAUUUGGAGGUGCCACGGCUAAUACCAACCCCACACAAAGCGGGACGACUGGCGGCGGGUUGUUUGGCAAUCUAGGCGGUGCCUCGACCACCCAGGCUCAAUCCAAGCCGCUUUUCGGGGCUACCACUACUAACUCUACUACGACUGGCGGAGGCCUAUUCGGCGGAAACAAUGCACAGCAAACCCAGGCUCAGAAGCCCACGCUUGGUCUCUUCGGCGGCUUGGGCAGCACUACACAACAACCAGCCCAACUCGGUGGCACUACCGUGAUUCCCGGAGUCAAGAUUGACGUCAGCAACAUCCUUCCUACGACCAAAUAUGAGAGUUGUGCGGAUGAGAUCAAGUCGGAGCUCGAGAAGUUUGAUAAUUACGUGCUCACUCAAAUCAAAUUGUGCAACGAAGUUGCCAACAUGAUCCCCACAAUCGAGACACAGGGACAGACCAUCCCACACGAUGUGGAUUUUGUUCAAGGCAAGCUUGAGACCAUCCAGCAUGCCCUGGAGAACGAUGCCAGCGAGAUCGAUCAGCUGCGCAGUCUCGUAUCGCGCGACGCGGCGGAGGCUCAAGUUGCAUUCCGCGCCAUUGACACUCUGAAGCUGCCCCUACAAUAUCAGUCUACCGGCGGUGCUGGAUGGUGGACUCAGAGCCACAAGACUGAUAGUCAGACUCUUCGCUCAACGCGCAAAAACACUUUGGCCCUUCCGGAUGAUGUCGAGAGUGAUCCUGCCACUGCUACAAGCGUGAAUGGAGUACCUGUCAACCUGGUGGACUACUUCUCCCAGCGUUCAGAUGAGAUGGGGACUGUUCUUGAGCGCUACACUCGGAGUUUGAAAGAGAUUGAGGACCAUCUCCACGGGGUUGAGGCUACCUUGGAACGGCAGAUUCAUGACUUUGUGGCGUCGCGCAGCCGCGAUGGUGCGUCAUCCGGAACCCCGAAGUCUAUAGUCAACGAUCUCGCAACUGUGCUCGGCGAUGUGGAGGCUGGUAUCCUGGGCGUCGCUGGACGCCUCGGUGGGGUGACGGAGCAGGUGCAGGAAGUUGUCCUUGGUCCUCCUUCGCACGCUGAUGGCCGGCUCAACCUGUGAAGAACGGGUUCGCUUGCUGCAUACUUUGCCCGUCGGCGUUUGAAUCUUUGCUCUUUUCAUUGUACAGUAUAAUGUUCUUGGCGACGGUGAAAAGCAAGGGAGGAUGGCAUAAUUGUUUGAUUGUGUUAGCAUGGUUCUUAUGAGGAGUUCUUUCUGUGAUGCAAUUCAGGCAUAUCAUUAAUAUAUUCAGAGAUAUAUUCUGG